UCAGCUUUAGCUUCUUUUGUAGAGGCGGAAACUGCCUUCGGGAGCAUGUGGUGCAGUCAGUUCGUUCGGUCCCCGUUUGUUCUGGGGCAAUGCAGCCCCUCGCGGGCACAGUCUGCUUUAGCCCAGCUCACGCGCCUGUUGGAGGGUGAGCUGGAGGGUAUCCGGGGUGCAGGGACCUGGAAGAGCGAGAGGGUGAUAACGUCAAAGCAAGGCCCGCAUAUUAACGUGGAAGGCAGCCGAGGAGAUAUCCUGAAUUUCUGUGCCAACAAUUACCUUGGACUUUCUAGUCAUCCAGAAGUUAUCCAUGCUGGACUUGAUGCUCUAGGGAAGUAUGGAGCUGGCCUCAGUUCUGUCCGCUUCAUCUGUGGAACGCAAAAUAUACAUAAAGAUCUGGAGAAGAAGAUUGCUCAUUUCCAUCAAAGAGAAGAUGCCAUUCUCUACAUCAGCUGCUUUGAUGCCAAUGCUGGGAUCUUUGAGGCACUUCUGACACCUGAAGAUGCAAUACUGUCAGAUGAACUGAACCAUGCCUCCAUCAUUGAUGGCAUCCGUCUGUGUAAAGCCAAUAAGUAUCGUUACAAACAUAUGGAUAUGCAGGAUCUGGAAGUCAAGCUGCAGGACGCACAGAAAUAUCGUCUACGGAUGGUAGCUACUGAUGGUGCUUUUUCCAUGGAUGGUGAUAUUGCCCCCUUAAAGGAAAUCUGUAGCCUCGCUCAGAAAUACAAAGCCUUUGUUUUUGUCGAUGAAUGUCAUGCCACUGGAUUUCUUGGGCCUAAUGGCAGGGGCACUGAUGAGCUUUUGGGAGUGAUGGAUCAAGUAACUAUAAUCAACUCAACACUUGGAAAAGCCCUUGGGGGAGCAGCAGGUGGCUAUACAACUGGUCCUAAAGCACUUGUGGAUCUUCUGCGCCAACGUUCUCGCCCUUACCUCUUUUCCAACAGCUUACCUCCUGCUGUUGUGGGCUGUGCCUCCAAAGCUCUGGACCUACUCAUGGAGAGCAAUGCCAUUGCACAGUCCAUGGCUGCCAAGACUUCACAGUUCCGAAGCAAGAUGGCAGCAGCUGGCUUUACGAUUUCAGGCAAUAAUCAUCCUAUUUGCCCUGUGAUGUUGGGUGAUGCCCGGUUAGCUUCAGUGAUGGCUGAUGAUAUGCUAAAAAGAGGCAUCUAUGUCAUCGGCUUCAGCUAUCCCGUAGUGCCUAAGGGUAAAGCCCGUAUCCGAGUACAGAUCUCAGCAGUUCACAGCGAAGAGGAUAUUGAUCGAUGUGUGGAGGCCUUUACUGAAGUGGGUCGUAAACAUGGAGCCUUGCCUUAAAUGGCUGCAGGAAAUGAACUGUGCCUUUCUGCAGCUGGAGCUAAGUGAUGCUACUUUGCUGUCAAAUAACUCCUUAGCAUUGCUAAGGACUGUGGAAGUUAUAGUUCCAAAUACCCUAGUUUACCUGCUCCCAUAAUAUGGACUACUUUGCAGUGGUUCCAGUGAGGUUAUAUUAGUUGAAGGCUUAUGUUUUUAAGAGCUGGAGUCCACUUCUGUGCAAGAAGAUUAAUAAUGGUUUCCUCUCCGGUGGUUGAAGGAAACCAGAGCCUAGAUAAGACAAGGGAAUUGGCUGCAUAAAAUACCCUGUUCUGAUAUGUGUCUUUAGGUCAUGCCAUUGUGGCUCCAUUUUACCCUGUUGUUGCUGAACUUAAGCUAGAGGAAGGAAAGGGAGUGGAUGACCUUUUUCCUUUUCAUCCUUGCACAAAUUUCUCUAACUGGAAGUAGUUUCUUCAGAUUGAUCACUAGAGGGCAUGUUUGUAACUCUUGCAUCAGGGACCCCAAGGCAGCAGAACAUACAUUGCACUCGUUUAUUGCUUUUCAUUAUGAAAUCGCAUCAUUCUGAUAUAUUCAUUGCUCUUGCAAUUUACCAAAAAUACUAACAGUUCAAACAAUUAUCUGGUUCUCUGUAUUUUAAUAGCCCACUUUGCAUAAAUAUUGAAUUAGAAGUGGGAAGUGGGGGGAAAAGGUUGUGCUCUAGAUGGGGCAAUGGAUUUAGAGUAUAGGUAUGUUUGAAAUGGGGUGAGGCUAAAUUUGACCUUGCUGCUUUCCCAUCCAUAUAAGAUUACCAUAUCUGGCCUGUAAAAAUCUGGACAGCCACUAGAUGACAGCGGAGAGAUACAGUACUUCAACUCUUGACUCCAAUCUAAUGACUGUCUGGAUUUGUGUAGCCUGGAUAUGGAAGCCUACUAGCACAAUCCACUGUUAACAUUAGGAAAUAAAGAAGUUAGGGUUCCCUUCUGCAAAAUCAGACUGGCAUAAUCUCAAGGAUUCAAAGAUAUAUCUUAAAGCGUUGCAGUUUGUUUUUCUUUAAAAAAAAACAGUGUUGACCCCUCACUAAAUUAGCGUAAACCCAAACUGGUUUUUUUGUCUUAGGUGAAAAUAAAAUCUCUGCCCAUCUCAUGCUAUGUACAGGGAUGGUGGCAAGAGGUGAGCCAGUUGUAUUUGACUGAAACCACUCAUUCUGUGUAAUCGAUGCAUUAUGUGAGAUACCUUUGGGAAACCCUUGGGAAAGACAGGAUAUAUGUGCCUUUCUUAUUUCUCACAAAUCUCCUGCAAUGAUGAUGAUUCCUACUCAAGACAUUUCCCAGUGACACCUCUUGGAUUUGGUUGUCCUGAGCAACAGUGAGCUGAAUAGGAAAGAAACAGAUAUGAAAGUGUUUUUCCUUCAUCCUCUCCAUUAUGGCAGUCUUCCAGUUCAUAGUGUGUUUAUUGAGUGGAAGUGGACAUGGAUAGAGGAAAUGAACACUUUAAAAAAGAUGACAAAGUAGGACACUCACAUAUAAUUUGCCAGUGUUGAUAGGAUAUAAUAGCAAAAUUAGAAUUUGUGUGUAUGCCUUUGAGGCAGCCUUGGCUCCUGGCAACUAUCUGAACUAGUCCCUGCAGUUUUCUUGGCAAGAUUUCAGAAGAAGUGGUUUGCCACGGC